AUGGCCAUUCUCUCCAUGUGGGCUGUGAUGAUGUCCCAGAUGUGGAUGCUGAGAUGGGUCGUCCUACUGAUGGGGCUCCAGCAGACACAAGCAGCCGUAACAGGUGCACAGUACCGCACAGUGACAGUGCUCCCUGACAUGGCAAAUCUGAUCGUAACUACUGUUAUACCGAAUCCUGACUAUAGGUUUGCAACCUGCAGCACAUGGGGAAAUUUCCACCUCAAGACCUUUGAUGGUCAUUUCUUUCAAGUGCCAGACACGUGCAACUACAUUUUGGCCAGUUUGUGCAACGGAGAGAAACAUUCUGACUUUAACGUUAAAAUGCAAAGAAAGAUUGUAAAUAACUCAGUCACUUUCAGCCAAAUCACAGUAGAUCUUCAGGGGACAGUCGUUGAACUCACCUCCAACAAGAUCCUCAUGGACAAACAAGAGUUGUUUAAUGCAACACUUAAGAAUGGAAUUACAGUCAAAAUGAGUACAUCAGGUGUUAAGAUCACUAACAAUCAUGGGGUGAAUGUCUUUUGGGAGAAGGACCAGUCUUUAUUGAUUGAACUUCCUGAAAAGUACAGAGGCCAGACCUGUGGACUUUGUGGAAACUUCAAUGGCAACAAGACUGAUGAUUCAUUUGACAAUGAUUUGGCCAAAUGGAAAGUGCCUCUAUUGGAAUCCUGUGAGGACAUCAAAUUUCAACCUACUGAUCAGUGCAAAAACCAGUCCCUGACAGACAUUUGCCAGUACUAUCUCAGCAGUCCGGGGUUUAGUGACUGUUACAGGGUGAUGGACAUGAGUUCAUUUCAAAAAGCCUGUGAAGACGACCUGUGUCACUGUAACGGCGAACAUGACUGUCUAUGCAACACGCUCACAGAGGUUUCACGACAAUGCACUCAUUCUGGAGGAAUACCAGCAACUUGGAGGACAAAACAGCUCUGUCCAAAGAAGUGUCCUCUGAACCUGCAAUACAUGGAGUGUGGGAGUCCGUGCAAGAGCACCUGCUUAGGUCCAGAUGCAAAUUUACUGUGUAAAGAACACUGUGUGGAUGGCUGUUUCUGCCCUAAUGGUACGGUUGAGGAUGACGUUGGUAAGAGUGGCUGUGUUCCUGUGAACCAGUGCCCUUGUGAGCAUGAUAACAAAGUAUAUCGAUCAGGAGAGUCUUACACACUAGCUUGCAAAAAAUGUAACUGCACUGCUGGACGCUGGACUUGUACAAACCUGGAAUGUCCCGGAAUCUGCUCUGUUGUUGGAGGGUCUCACAUCACCACCUAUGAUGGAAAGACCUUCACCUUCAGUGGCAACUGUGACUACAUCCUCACUAAGCACUCUAAUAACAGUGGCAUUGCAGUUGUGGGAAAUUUGGCCAAGUGUGAUUGGGGCCGAUCAGACACAUGUUUAAAUUCAGUUACCCUUGUCAUUUCAGGGACCACUAUUCAUUUUUCCUACAAUGGUUUUGUGACACUGAAUGGAAACAGACUAUAUCAGCUUCCUGACUCCACAGGUGGGUUGUCAAAAACGGAUUGCUCUAUUAUAAGCAUGUUAAAAAUAAAAUUAAAUAAAAUUAAACACAAUUAAAUGCAUUUUUCCAAAGAUGCAAGGGUUUUUCUUUCUUCUAUAAAUGUAGAUAUCCUGUAAGUAUAUUAGCAUUA